AAACCCCUUUUGAAAUGUUACACUAAGUGCCCCCAGGUUACAUGAGUUUAAAGGUUUUUGGUUGUUUGGCCUAUGCCACUGUGGUUGAAGGUCAUAAACAUAAGUUUGAUCCUAGAGCUAAUCAGUGUGUUUUUCUAGGAUUGCUUGCUGGCAUAAAAGGAUUGCUUGCUUGCUUGCUGGCAUAAAAGGACUCUAAGAGAGUUUUUAUAAAUAGGGAUGUUAUCUUCUAUGAAGAUAUCCUGCCUUACAAGCAUCCUAAUGCACUCCCAGAAUCUGGAACAGCAGAGAGUGACUCCAAUCUCUUCUAUGUUCCCAUAUCUUCUUCCAGCCCAGAGGAUUCAAUUCGUUCUGAACCUCAACAUUGAGUUAGCAGGGUUUUCUCCUUCACCUGCUACACCAACCCCUCACACUUCACCUUCACCAGUUCCCUCUCCUGCUGCAUCACCUUCCAGGUCUGCCUCUAGAUUUGCUUCAAAGUCUCCAUCACCAAACUUCACCCCUCAUUCUCCUCACCAUUCUUCACCACCAGUAGAGCUACCUAGAAAGUCCACUUGGCACAGUGUGUUUCCAAGGAAAUUUGAUGACUUCUAUGUUAGUAGCAUGCAAGUCAGUGGCUCUCCCAAGCCAAUACCUUUUGAUUUGCUGCAUCUUACUCCUCACCAGCAACAUUUUGCACUCACCAUUGCUGCUGUUGUUGAGCCAACCUCCUAUGCUGAAGUAGCACUUGACCUAGAUGGAAUGCAACAAUGACAGAGGAGAUUAAAGCCCUCUAUGAGAACAACACUUGGGAGAUCACUAACUUACCCGAGGGUGUUAAGCCAAUUGGUAACAAAUGGGUGUACAAAGUCAAAUUUCUGCCAAAUGGAACCAUUGGGAGGUUCAAAUAGGGGUGGGCAAAUAGGAGUGCUAAUCGGUAAACCGAAUACCGGCGGUAUCGAUAUUCGGACGUAUAAUUUUUCAUUCGGUAAUACCUGAUAAUAGCCGGUAAAUACCGAUGGUAUACCGGUAACCGUAAUACCGAGUAUUAAAAAAAAAGCAAAACACAGCGCAGGGGGGAGGGUGUGGGAGCUGCUGGCUAUUCAAUUAUACAUUCAUGUUAAAUUUUUGGAGAAGUUUGGUCUCUUUCUUCCGCAGGAGAUUUACUUCAUCGACACUUAUUUUAGCCAUUGAUUAUGAUGUUAUGGUUUUGUUCCAACUCUUUUCAUCUAGAAUCCCAAUUUCACCGUACAGUCAGCUGGUUUAUGUGGCUCCAUCUCUGUAUUUUUUUUCAUCUCCAGUCCAUCUUUGUUUCUUUGAAGCUAUUCCAUAUUGGUUGUUGUAUAUAGGUUGAUUAUAUUCACAGGGAUCCUCUCACUUAGUAGAAGCUCAAACAAAGCCAAGAGGGAGCGAGACCAAGGAAUUCUAGAAAUAAAUGUCUCAAGGAAAUCAUGGGGUUGAGAUUCCCAGAGUGAAACUAGGUACCCAAGGUCUAGAGGUAUGCCCAGUUGCAACCCACUUCUGCAAUUUCCUUUCUUCCUUUUCGAUCGUUCUGAGUCAUAAUCGCUGCUUCAAUAUCAUUUUAUUUUUGUAGAAACUUUAUAAUCAAUUGAUGGUACGUAUUGAUGAUUGUUGACUGCGGGAGAACAAAAUUUUGACAUGGGUUUUCUGAAUUCUUAGGUGUCGAAGUUGGGGUUUGGAUGCAUGGGGCUAACGGGGAUGUACAAUGCUCCAGUGACAUGGGUUUUUCACGGAUGAUCACUCCUCCAAAACCCAUGCCCCAUCAAUUUCUCACCUCACCUACACUCUCGGCGACGCCUCUUACACAUCCAUUCUCCAAUCCACGAUCAUGAAUCCGGUAUCCGGUAUACCGGUUAGAAUACCGGUAAUCGACUAUCCGGUAUCCGGUAUACUGGAUAACUUUCGGUAUCGGUAUUCGGCGACAAAAUUCAAUUGCCGGUAUACCGAAUACCGGUAACUCGGUAUCCGGUAUACCGGAUACUGACCGAUUACCACCCCUAUGGUUCGGGAAACUCGAACCGAAAUCGAAUUAAACCAAAACCGAAUUAAUGCUAUUCAGUUCGGAAUUCGGAAGGAAAAUAUGGAUAGUUCGGAAAUUCGAGUUCUUUCAAUCGAACCGAAUUUCCGACCGAAAAAUUGAAAUACUAUAAUUACAAGCUCCAAAUGGUGUAUUUUUAUGUUUGUAGUUGUUUUUAGACUUAAAUAUUUGAAAUGUUUUAUGAUUUAUGUGUUGAAAAGUUUGAUUUUAUCAUUGAUGAUGCAUAUAAUUGCAUAUUUAUUGUUUAUAUUAGGAUGAAAAAUAAUUUAAAAGUGAGAAAAUACAAGUAGCUUCAAAAAAUCGGUUUUGUGUGAAAAACUAAACCGAACCGAAUUAUAAUUCGGUUUAAACCGACCGAACCGAAUUAUAAUUCUAUUCAAAUUCGGUUUGAGGUUUGGGAGAAUUCAUAGACCCGAUAUUCAUAAUUUCAGUUCGGUCGAAACCGAACUGACCGAAUGCCUACCCCUAGGUUCAAGGCAAGAGUUGUGGCAAAAGGGUACACGCAAAUCUAUGGAAUAGACUACUGUGAUACUU